AUGUAUAGACUGAAGGGAUUGGGAGAAUUGAGGAGGAAAGCUCCUCAAAUGACUGUAAGCUGGUUCAACACGUUCAGUUUUUCAAGGCGCGCUCACUCUUUACCUUUUGCGACCAAUUUAGCAGUUGAAGAUAUAUCAGGCGCACAACCUGCAGAAGUACAGAACUUAUUGCAGGGAAAGUGGAUGGGAUCUUCUACUUGGAAUACACUAGUGGAUCCUCUAAAUGGAGAGCCAUUUAUUAAAGUUGCAGAAGUAGAUGGAAGAGGAGUACAGCCAUUUGUGGAGAGCUUGCGUCAGUGCCCCAAACAUGGUCUGCAUAAUCCAUUUAAAUCGCCCGAGAGGUAUCUCAUGCUUGGAGACGUAUCUGCAAAAGCAGCUCACUUGCUUUCCCUGCCUGAGGUAUCUGAUUUCUUUACAAAGUUAAUACAAAGGUUGGCUCCAAAGAGUUAUCAACAGGCUUUUGGAGAGGUUUAUGUUACACAAAAAUUUUUGGAGAAUUUCUCAGGUGACCAGGUUCGUUUCUUGGCUAGGUCAUUUGCUGUACCUGGAAAUCAUCUUGGACAGCAAAGCCAUGGUUUUCGCUGGCCUUAUGGCCCUGUGGCGAUUAUUACUCCAUUCAACUUUCCAUUGGAGAUUCCUGUGCUACAGUUGAUGGGUGCCCUCUAUAUGGGAAACAAACCAGUUCUUAAAGUUGAUAGCAAGGUUUCACUUGUUAUGGAUCAAAUGCUUCGACUUCUUCAUGCUAGUGGUUUACCUACGGAAGACGUUGACUUCAUUAAUUGUGAUGGAAAGACUAUGAAUAAGCUGCUCGUGGAGGUGGAAUAUGUUUCUUGGGUUUGCGAUCAGGAUGCUUAUGCAUGCAGUGGCCAGAAAUGCUCAGCUCAAUCAAUCCUAUUUAUGCAUGAGAACUGGGGUAGAAGUCCUCUCUUAGGUAAAAUGAAAGACCUUGCUGCUAGAAGGAAGCUAGAUGAUCUGACAAUUGGUCCUGUGCUUACGCUGCUUAUGACUUUUUUCCUUGGAUUCCAAGUUCCCUGUUCUUCUUUCCGAUGGCAGUGCACUUUAAGUUGCGUUCUACAUCUGUUCUAUGAAAUUGAGGGCUGCACAACUCUGUGAAUCUUGUUUUUUUCAUCAUCAGUUUAUAUGGAUGAAUUCUGGUAUGUUUUUGCAGGUUACAACUGAAGCAAUGCUGGAGCACAAGAAUAAGUUGCUACAGAUUCCAGGGUCUAAGUUACUUUUUGGUGGCGAUGCACUACAGAACCAUUCUAUUCCUGCAAUCUACGGCGCCAUUAAACCUACCGCUAUAUUUGUUCCACUUGAGGAAAUAUUAAAAAACGACAAUUUUGAACUUGUGACCAAAGAAAUUUUUGGUCCUUUCCAGGUAAUAGAGUAUUAUCAAAUAAAAUAUUGUAUUAUUUGGUUGAACUUUUUGAUGAGAAUUCUACGUUUUGUGACUCGUUUCUGCAGUAAUUUUUUUGUUUCAUUGGUAUGAUGAUGCUUGUGAUGCUUUUACUAUCAGAUUAUUACGGAAUACAAAGAUAAUCAGCUUCCUAUGGUGUUGAAUGCCCUUGAAAGAAUGCAUGCUCACCUGACAGCUGCUGUGGUUUCAAAUGAUAUGCUGUUUCUACAAGUAAGUUCCAGCAUUAUAUUCUGCUCUUCUUUUUUUUUUUUUUUUUCGGAACUGUGCUGUAUGUGUGACCUUCUGAACGGCGGGUGCCUAUAUACCAUCUUCUCCCCC